GUGAAUAUCUGGCCCUCCCCUCCUGCUCAUUUUGACGUUGGGAGCUGCAUAUUUAAACAGCCCCAUAAACAUUCACUCUGGACUUCAGACAACUUCCCCAGACAAGCCUUAAUACAAUAUUCAAGAUGGGCAGGAUUGUGUUUUUUGAGGACAAGAACUUUCAGGGCCGCCGUUACGAGUGUGACAGCGACUGCUCUGACUUCCAUACCUACCUUAGCCGCUGCAACUCUAUUCGUGUGGAGAGUGGCGCCUGGGUGGUUUACGAGCGGCCCAACUACACAGGUAACCGGUAUCUGCUAACCAGGGGAGAGUAUCCCGAGUACCUGGGAUGGAUGGGCCUCAAUGACUGUCUCAGCUCCUGCAAGAUUAUCCGCUUUACAAGUGGAAUGCAGUACAAGGUUCAGCUCUACGACAAGCCCGACUUCACAGGCCAGGCCAUAGAGUCCAUUGAGGACUGUCCAUCUGUGGUGGAGAGGUUCCGUCUGAGAGAGGUCCAUUCCUGCAAAGUUUUGGACGGUUACUGGAUCUUCUACGAGCAUCCCAACUAUCGUGGCCACCAGUACUUCCUGGAGAAGGGCAACUACCGCAAACCAGUAGACUGGGGCGCAGUCUGUCCUACAGUGCAGUCUUUCCGUCGCUUCACAGAGUGA